AACCUAGUUAUUGUACAUUUAUCAGUUGGUUUUUGAUUGUUAAUAUCAUGAUCAGCGAAAUAGAAGCAUAGUAGGAACCUAAUAGUGUUUGUUGUUUGUAGCCGGGGAAACAUUCCGGGCACACGUUCAGUUACCUAAAGAUUAGCGUUAGCACCAUAGCACUAGCAUCAUUAGCAUUAGCUUAUGAGGGAGCGAGCCUACAGGAGCCUGAAACUAUUUGCAUUUGAACUCGUACAUGAAAGGCAGUGCAUGCAUUUUGAAAGUGAUCAUUAAAACAUUUUCCUUGACUAAUGUUCGCGUGUCGUAUUCUCGGUUCCGCAUUUUAUUUAUUUCAGGUAGCGUUAACGUUACCGUUAAUUUAGCAUUUUGUGCGGACUCGGGCGUCAGUCAACGUUAGCAUCGAGGCACACCGUCAACAACAAAUCCUGGAUAUUUGUCUUGCACCUGUUGUUGGUAUGCACUGGUAAUUCUCAGUGUGGCUGUGCAAACUACACUGAAAACAAAUCAAAGAUACCAAACUAGCUGCAAUUUCAUCAAUUGGAUCCUCUUAGGCCCACGGGAUGGCUGCUCGGUCUGCAGCCGGACCAAGUACCUCAAAUACAGAACUCCUAGAUCUUUACGGUGACCUAAAUCAAAACGACGAGGAUUUGGACAGACUUGCAGAAGCUAAUGAACUUUAUGAUGCUGUUCUAACUGGCUCAGUGGAUAGUGACAAGAAAGUCACUACAAAUGUUGCGCCUCCUACCAAGAUGCCACCUAAAGAGGAGGCUAAAUCAGCAAUACUGAAAAGCCAACAAGGAAAAGUCUCUCUGAGGAGACUGUCUAUAUAUAUUGGAAAUUUCCCCUGGUGGACAUCUGAUAAGGACAUCACAUGCAUGGCUCAGACAUUGGGUGUGAAGGACAUCAAGGAGAUUAAGUUUGCUGAGAACAAAAUAAAUGGCCAGUCAAGAGGCUUUGCAGAAGUGGUGGUGACCUCAGAAGAGUCCUUGAAAAUACUGUUGGAGAAAAUACCUGAAUGUGAGCUCAAUGGAGAUAGGAUAGACUGUCGCUUCGCAACUAGGCAGAACCUUGGUGUGUUUGAGGACAUUGCAAAUAAACGUAUACCGCUGCGUCUUAAUGCCAAAGAGCCUAAGGAAGCUGAUUUUUCAGAUAAAAUCCCCUCAUUAUUAUCACAAGAGCCCAGUCCUCUCCCUUUACCUCCACGUUUUCCAUCACAUCCACUUGCAAACAGGUUCCCCUCAUUACCCAACCCUUUCCACAGUCAUCCGCCUCCUCCUUUCCCACACAUGCCACCAAAUAUCCCUCCACCCAUGCUACCCCCUUUAUUCCACCCUCAUCCAAUCCAUGUUCCCAGCCAACCAGCUCCCAGUCUGCAUGUAAAUCCGGCGUUCUUUCCCCCGGCACACGACGGGCGCAGCAACCAAGGCUACAACCAACAAAAACCGCCACCUCAAAAUACAGGUCGAGAUUUUGAGGAGCUGAUGAACCGAAAUAAAGCCGUUGCUAGCAGUGCCAUCAGCAAGGCUGUGUCUGGAGCAACAGCGGGAGACCUGCGGGUCGCGAUGGAGACUCUAUUAACUGCCAUCGCCAUCAUUAAGCAGUCUAGAGUGUUUGGAGAUGAACGCUGCCAAGCCCUGGUUACCUCACUCAAGGACUGUCUAGUCUCUAUCCAGGGAAACUAUGGCUACAGGAGUAGCAGUCGUUCUGGGGAAGACGAAAGAGAGCGCGACAGGGGUCGCGACAGAGAGCGCGAUCGGGAACGCGACAGGGAGCGCGACAGAGAAGAUUCUUCUGGUUGGGAGGCUGCAGGAAUGUCUCGAAGACAUCGACAACGCUCCCGCAGCGGGGAGAGGGAUAAGGAACGCUCCCGAGAACGGGAAAGGCACAGAGAGUACAGAGACCGGUACCGCUAACUCGACUGUUGGCGUGUUUAAGUGUGAAGCCGAUUGAAGACACGAUUGUUUUGUUUCUGCUGUUGCAAAAAAAAUCUUGAGGAAUCUAAGGUCAGACUGAAGAUGUAUCUCAAAGUAUACUUUUUUUUCUUCCAACCGUUGUCUGUACAUACUGGGACUUUUACCCGUUUUAAGAAAAAUGUGGUUGUAGAUUUGCUGCUGGAUCAUCAGAUUCCAAUGCUUGCAUGUGCAGGAACACCGUGAUAACUUAAUGAAAUACAUGUGUGAAUUACAGUGUACUGUUAUUUUCUUUUGUAUAAAUCUGUAGAUUAAAACACAUUCCCUGAAAGUAUAAUCUGUUUAGUUUUAUCUGCUAACUGUGGAAGAUUCAUUCAUUUUCGGUAUGACCGUAAAAACAAUUUAGACAUGAAGCAGUCUGCACACCUUAGUUAUUGUCACAGUGAGUCACCUUGACUGCUAAACAAUUUUUGCCA